AGUGAACUCUGCUCCAGGCAACAACCGCGUCCGGGACAAUGAAAUUCUUAUAUCCAUCCGGGAACUACUAGACAGUUCUGGUUGAUUGACUUCCAUACUUUCUCUUUAUUUCCGCAAGGUUUGGAACUGGGGUUGUGUUCGAAAGUCGUGAUCUCAUUGUAAUGAUUCAGUACACUCGGACAUCUUUGAAUCACCUUGAAAACACAACCAUUUGAGGUAGCCAGUGUGACGCUUUCACAAUGAAUACCAACAGACGAUCCAGAUCACCAGAUGAAGAGGCAUUGGAAGAAGACCAACACCAGUACGGGGCUGGUACUCUAAGCCUGGAAGAACUUGAUGAACACUUCCCAAACAGACCACGAAACCAUUCCAAGACCUUUCCCUUCUCCGACCUCUUCCGCACCCUCUUCAACCCCCUCAUCGACUGCAAACCCUCCACCUCCGGCACCGUCCGCGGCCCCAAACCCGGCCGAGGCGGCCACUUCUCCAAGGUAUCCUACCAUGAACAGCGCCGCCACAUCAUCGAGCGCUUCAUGUUGCGCUGGCGCUCCGAAGUCGGCAACGACUUCUACCCGGCUAUGCGCCUCAUCCUGCCAGACAAGGACCGCGACCGCGGCGUUUAUGGGUUGAAAGAGAACACCAUCGGCAAGCUGCUGGUCAAAGUCAUGAAGAUUGAUCGGAACUCUGAAGAUGGGUAUAACCUCAUGCACUGGAAGCUUCCCGGGGGUGGACAGAGUGGGAUCAGUAGGUCUGUGGGCGACUUUGUGGGGCGCUGUUUCGAGAUAGUUAGCAAGCGCGCGAUGUGUGCUCAACCUGGGGGGAUGACGAUCGCGGAUGUGAAUGUCAUGUUGGAUAGGCUGGCGGGCGCCAGCGGGGAGGCGGAGCAGUUGCCUAUUUUUGAGGAGUUUUAUCGGGGGAUGAAUGCGGAGGAGAUGAUGUGGUUGGUGAGGAUCAUAUUGAAGGAUAUGAAGGUGGGCGCGACGGAGAGGACUUUUCUGAACCUGUGGCAUCCGGAUGCCGAGGCGCUGUUUAGUGUGAGUUCGAGCUUGAGGAGGGUGUGCUGGGAGCUGUAUGAUCCGGAGUUUAGGCUGGAACAGCACGAGACGGGGAUCAAGUUGAUGCAGUGUUUCCAGCCGCAGCUGGCGCAGUUUCAGAUGACGACCACGUUUGAGAAGUUGGUGAAGAAUUUGGGUGUGACGGAGGAGAACCAGGAGUUUUGGAUCGAGGAGAAGCUGGAUGGUGAGAGGAUGCAGAUGCAUAUGCAGGAGGAUGAUACCGUGCCCGGAGGAUUUCGGUUUGCGUUUUGGUCGAGAAAGGCGAAGGAUUAUACUUAUCUUUAUGGUGAAAGCUUGGGAGACGAGCAGUCUGCGCUUACACGGCACCUUCACAAGGCCUUCGAUGACGGCGUGCGGAACUUGAUCCUCGACGGCGAGAUGAUUACUUGGGAUAUCGAUAUCGACAAGAUGGUGCCCUUUGGAACGCUCAAGACGGCCGCGUUGGAGCAGCAGAAGAACCCGUCCAAAGCCGGUCCUCGUCCCCUCUACCGUGUCUUCGACAUCCUGCUCCUAAACGACAAGCCUCUUACUGAGUACACCCUCAACGACCGGCGGAGAGCCCUUGAACGCGCCGUCGUCGGUGUCCACCGCCGCUUGGAGAUUCUUCCCUUUGAGCGAGCCACCUCCCCAGACGCCAUCGAGCCCCUUCUGCGACGGGUCGUGGCCGAAGCAUCAGAGGGCCUAGUCCUCAAGAACCCGCGCUCUCGCUAUUCACUCAACAGCCGCAACAACGACUGGAUCAAGGUGAAACCCGAAUACAUGUCUGAGUUCGGCGAAUCACUCGACUGUGUAGUAGUAGGCGGCUACUUCGGCUCCGGCCGACGCGGCGGCACGCUCUCCUCGUUCCUGUGCGGUCUGCGUGUGUCCCAGAACUUUAUUAAAAGUGGCAAAGCCGCCACCGCCGAGAAGUGUCUCUCCUUCUUCAAAGUCGGCGGCGGCUUCAAAGCCGAGGACUACGCCGAGAUCCGGCACCACACCGAAGGGAAAUGGCACGACUGGGACCCUUCCAGUCCACCCACAGAAUACAUCGAGCUCGGCGGCGGGGACCGUUUGCAGUACGAGAAGCCGGACGUGUGGAUCCGACCGAGCGACUCGGUCGUCAUCUCCGUCAAGGGGGCCAGCAUCACGCCGUCGGACCAGUUCGCCAUGGGCUGGACGCUGCGGUUCCCGCGGUUUCGAAAGCUGCGGCUGGAUCGCGCGUGGGACUCGGCGCUGGACAUGGACGAGUUUGAAGCGCUGAGGGGAAAGAUCAAGGACCAGGAACAGGAAAGGAAGAAGAUGGAGAUGGAGAAUCGCAAGCGGAAACCGGCGACCAAGCGCGCGAGGAAGGAUCUGGUUAUUGCGGGUAUGUCGGAUCCCUAUUCGUUGGCAUCUUCUUCUGCUACACCGGUGAUUGUUGCACCGAGAGAGACAAGAGAGGCAAGCACCCACUUGUUCAAAGACUUGGACUUUUGCGUCCUUUCGGAGUCUCUUAAACCAAACAAGAUGGCUAAGCCGGCGCUGGAGAAACUUAUCAAAGACCACGGUGGCCGCAUCCAUCAGCAGGUUAUGGACCGACGCUCUGGUGAGGGGAAGAAGAUAAUCAUCCCUAUAGCAGAUAAGAACGUGGUCAAAGUGGCUAGUCUGAAGAAAGCCAUGCCGGAGAUGGAUAUUAUCAGGCCUAAAUGGAUCUUUGACUGUCUUGCGCAGCCAAUGUCACAAAAAGAAAAGGGAUAUCUCCUCCCCUUCGAAACCUCCCACCUCUUCCACGCCGGCAGCGAACAAACGCAAGAAGAAGCGGAACAAGCAGCAGAUAAAUUUGGAGAUAGCUACACCCGUGACUUGGCAGAUACAAAUGAGUUGAAGGCGGUUAUGGAUGGUAUUGAGUCUGAUGAUUAUGUUUCUGAUUCUGACUGGGAUUCGGACUCUGGCGGAGGAAGGGGAGUGGGUGGUGGGUUUGACGUGAACUAUUUUCUUGACCACUUGGAAGCGCAGGGGACUUCGCUGGAUGAGUUACGGUCGUUUAUGUUCCGGAGGUGUAGGGUUUUCUUUGCUCUAGCUAGCAACGGCACCAGCGAUGGGACAUCGGCAGCAGUCGUCUGUGAAAACAAAGCCUUGAGACUAAAGAACUAUGUACGAUUUGGGAACGGGAAGGUAGUUGACGAGCUGGAGACGGCGACGCAUGUGGUUGUUGUUACUGCUUCUUCUGGUUCUGGGGCAGGAGAGGAGAGUAAGAAUGCAAAGACUGAAGAGAGAGAGAUGGCGGCGGAGAUUCGGUAUAAGAUUAGCUUGGGAGAGAUGGGAAGUCCGGUGCCGAGGAUCGUGAAGGGGGAAUGGGUGGAGGAGUCGUGGAAGGAGGGGACGGUGGUUGAUGAGGAGGGGUAUGUGGCUGGGUGAACUUGAUGUUUACCUACUGAGGAAGUGGUAUCUAAGGUUGUGGUUAUGUGAUGUUGGUGUUGGGAGGGCAACGGAUGGUUCUGUUUUCAGGUUAUUGGGUGCCUUUAGUUUGAAUUGGCGCCAGAAAGGGGCGUCUAAUGAAUGGUAACUGGUUUUGUUGAUAUUGCAUGGUGUUUCUCCAUGGAAACGAACCUUUUGCUUGUUUUCCUUUGCAAGUGCCUGCUCAAGGCGACUGUCUUGAAGGCUGCUUUGAAAUCGUUUUGGCGGCUACUUUCGCCUUCUGCACAAGAAACGUCUUGACUUCAC